AUUCAACCGAUAUGUUCACUCUGUGGUCACUUAUUGAAGCUUCGCUUCUCUGCCUGAACGCCGUUUGCAUUCUGCACGAGGAACGGUUCCUAGCGAAAUUUGGAUGGGGAGCGUCUGCCCAGGUCCAAUGAUUCGGUGAAGCCCCUACGGUAAAAGCUCAGGUUCUCAAUCUUGUACGAUCCAUCAGAACGGUUGCCAAAAUUCCACUGAUAUUCCCAAACAUUGUGGCGAUAAUAUUUAAGCUCUUAUUAGGAUAAUACAAACUAAAACAAAGAGCCGAUUUCGUAAAAUAAAAAUUUUAUUACAAAUAAAA